UCUGGUCGUCACGACAAUGGCGCAUCGUGACAGCUGCUGCCAUCUAGAUAGAAUGAGCUAACUGCAGAGACACGGACGGUAUCUCGCAGGCGCACUUCGCACCGCUUAAUCCCCGUCCUCCUUUCCAUAAGCAUUUUCCUCGGAAGGAAGGCUCGCUCGUCAUUCCUUCCUCGAGUAUUGCAAGGAUCGCGUACAACAUAGCAAGUAGCAUUCUCUACUUCUUUCCGCGCGUUCUUCCAUACUCUUCACCCCUUUUGCGGAGUCUCGUGACACGCGCGUGCACUUCCGGCGGCCGUCUUCACGGCAACAGGCUUCGUUAGCAUCGUUUUACCCCCUCUAUCUAUCUUUGCUCUCUCUCUCUCUCUCUCUCUCUCUCUCUCUCUCUUUAUCCUUCUCUAUCCUUGUCUCUCUUUCCUAGGGUUUAUAUACACUUGUCUCGCUUGAGAUACUUUUAUCUUUCUUACUUUUUAUCUCUCUCUCUUUCUCUCUCUCUCUCUCUCUCUCUCUUUCUCUUUCUCUCUCAUUUUUAUCAUUUUUCUUUUACCUUUGAAAGAUUGUCAGUGAACCGCGAACACGUUGUCAGUGUCAGGGUCGUACAAAAUAGAGACAAGAAGGGUAAGAAAAGACGAGAGAAAGAGAGAGAGAGAGAGAGAGAGAGAGAGAGAGAUUGGGAAGCUUAGCGAACAGCUGGCUGGGAAGUUUUGACACAAAGAAGACACAUCUAAUACAUAAAGAAGAGAAGACAAGUGUUCCGAAGAAGAUUGCCAUCUCAUCUAUCUUUUUGUUCUUCCUGAUUGCUCAAAAAAGAGGAUCAUGUCGCUUAUAGCUGAAUGCUUUCGUCGAUUGACCGACACAUCUUGCAAAAGCGAGUUAAGGGGUUACAAGAUAACAGAUGUGAAUCGGACGAGAAAGUUCGGCGUUGCCUGUCGAAGUCUUCAGGAAUUGAAAAGAAAAGCUUGCAUGAAAUUGAACAUAACGAACGACUUGGCCGAGGUGAAUGUCUUUCUUCUCGACGGAUCCUUAAUAGACGAAGAUUAUUUUCAUACGUUGGAACCACAAACGACCUUGAUCUUGCAGAAACCAGGAGAGAAGGUUUUGUCCGAUGCUGAUCUACUUUAUGAAACAUUGAGAAGCGUUAAUAUCGAAUACAUCACUGCCGGAAAUAAAGUAUCGCAAUUUCUGACAGAGAAUCUUAAGAACAAAAUUGCCGUUUUGAACAAUGCCUUGAAUAAGGAUGACUCCAAGACUGCAUUUAGUUUGAGAGAAGAACAUCCGGAGUGGUUUCGUGGACUUGAGACUAAUUAUACUAGUAAGGAAGCUUAUAUGCAUCGUCGAUGUCAGGACAGAAUACGAGGAUAUUUAUAUAAGACGAUCGAUCAGAUCAGAUCCUCGGAUAUAUAUUUAAAUGAUCGAAAAGCUAGGCAACAAUUAUUACAGACUAUAGCCUUUUUUAAAAUGCAAUUAAAGGAGGAUCAUUAUUUCGGUUAUUAUUUCGAUAGAAGUCGAGCGUCAAAGGAUUCAAACGAAAUGGAACAUGUCGAUGAAAUAGAUACUUCAAAUUGUUACGAUCAUUGUCCUUGCAAAUUGAGCCAUCUCGAUGAUAGUACGCAUUUUCGUUUGUUUGGAAACGUUAGAACGAUCGAUGAAAGUUUCAAUAACGACGAGGUCGACGCAAGAAAAAUCACGAAACUAUCCGUCGAGAGAAAACAGGACACAGAUGAAAUUGAGGUACGACCAGAGAAAUGUCCCUUUAGGAUUAAACUUCGUAACGUGGAAGAGCAAAAAGCUAUUUGCGAUCACAAGGGAGAAUUCAGGUGCGAAGGAGUUUGGAAUGCGAACGAGUGUACUUAUGGGGCGAGACACAAGAUUAAUCCUUACAGAUCGAGAGAGGAACUCGUCCUCUUUUCAACUUGGAAUUUGGAUCACAAAAUCGAACGAUCUCGGACCCUUGUUCCAAGGCUUCUUAAUAUGUCACUUCAAGAUACAGUGAACGAGAAGGAUAUCUACGAUAUUUAUGAGAAUCUCUUCACUUUGAAAAACUUAAGGCUGGUACACGUCGUAUGUCACGAUAAGGGCUCGCAUAAAUCGGAAUAUUAAUAAGGAGGAUCCUAUUUAAAGAAAGAGAAAGAGAAAGAAAGAAAGAAAGAAAGAAAGUGUGAGAGAGAGAGAGAGAGAGAGAGAGAAAGAGGGAGAGUAAAAUUACUAUAAAAUAAUCUUUUAUUAGGGAGAUAGUGCAAAUUAGUACAUUAUAGUAUUGAACGAUGUUUACGUAUACAUACAUACGUAUAUACAAUCACGUUUACGUACAUAUAUAAAUACACACACACACAUAUAUAUAUAUCUAUAUAUAUAUAUAUAUAUAUAUAUAUAUAUAUAUAUAUAUUUAUUUAUUUAUUUUAAGAUUGUUGAUAUUAGAGAGAGAUUUAACAUAUUGUUAAUAUUGAAAGUUGACAGUACUUUCGUUGCGUUGAAAAAAAAGGAAAGCAAUAUAUAAAGAAAUAUAUUCUAUAAAUUUCUAUAAAAUCUCAUACGAGAAUAUCAUGCCUGACGGUAAGCAAUAUUAAACGAAAGGCUAUAUAUAUAUAAAAAAAAAAAGAGAAAAGUAAAUAUUAAACUAUAACGAUUACUUCAAAUCACUAUUGUAAAGCUAGAUGUAUGCUCUGUUUGAUUGAUUAAGUAACAAAUGACACUUUAAGCGAUUGCCUUCUUUUCCUCGACCUUUUCAUUUUCUAUUAUAAGAAAGGGAAAGCUUUCUCAUAGGUGUCUUUACUAAUCUGAAAACGUAAUCUUUGAAACAGGGUGUACGUAUAGUUCCUUCGUAAAAAUUUGUAAUCGUACAUUUUUCUUCGUGAUUUUUGUGAUUUCGAAAAGAAAAGAAAACGAGAAAAGAAAAAGAUCGUACGUUAUCCUACGGAUUUGUUAAAAUCAAUAGAAAAAACGUUAAUUCUUCGGAAAAGAAAAUUGAUUGUGCUGGCCUAAAGGACAUUCAAAGAUGCCUUUAUCGAUGAUAAUCUUCGUAAAUUGGAAAGUUCUAAACGGAUUUCGUGUUUUCAUAUCUUGAGCGCAACGGAAGAAUCUUGGAAAGUAUAUAAUAAUAAAUGGUGAAUGUGUACUUCGCCGAAAAAAAAAAAAAAAAAAAAGAAAAAAGGAAAGAAAACUGUUAAUUCCAGAAACUAGGAAUGAUGAAGAUCUUUAUUAACUUUCGAUAAAAAAUGAAAAAAAAAAAAAAGAAACAAACCUUAAUGUAACCGUAGUUGACUCGUUAGUGUGAGAAAAAUACUUUGUUAGAAAAAAUGUAUACUAUAUAUAUAUAUAUAUACUAUAUAUAUAUAUAUAUAUAUAUAUAUAUAUAUAUGUAUACUAUAUAUAUAUAUAUAUACAUAUACAUAUAUAAAUAUACGUAGUGACGAAAUAUCUUUCGGACAGAUUUUUAUUCUGACUGGUCAGCAAGAGACUAAAACAAAGUUCUGAUAUAUACUUAUAACUACAUAUAUAUUAUAUAUACCUAUAUACGUUGUCACGUUUAGAGAAGAAUAUAUAUUAUAUAUAUAUACAUAUAUAUUAUCUAUAUACACUAUACACGCAUACGUACUUAUGUAUAUCGUACGAUAUUACAUUCCAAAGACUUCUGCGAUAAUUCACGAAGGUGCUUUUCCGAUAUGAAAGCGAUCAGUUUCUAGAAAGCAUAAAAAUGCUCCGUCGAAAUGUAAAUCGAUUACUUACGACGACAUCUGUACUUGAUAAGAUGUUAAGUGUCGCGAUAUGAAAAGUACAUUACUUUGUAUGUACUAUUUACAUAUACAUAUACGUAGAAAUACUAUUCCUUACGAGACGUUCGCGAUGAUUAUAGAUUCGCUAAAUCGAAUCGAUCUUUGCACUUGUUACUUUCCUAUCUUUCGUAGCUUCUUCGCUCGAUGUUUGUUGUUAAUCCUUUAUGUACGAUACUUAUACGACGAUAUUUUAUCCAACUUUUUUCCGGCCACCAACAUACCAAGAGAGAAUCCCUACGUCCGUCGAUGUGUCUGAUGAUCAUUAAUGAUCGACUUAACUAAAGAGUAAUACAGGGUAUUACAUCGAAGUUCAGAGAGAAAUGAAAAGAAGACAAUUAUAAAUUUGACCAAUGUGAAAAAAAAAAAAAGAAACAACACAAACUAACACACACACAUAUAUACAUAUAUACACCUAUUAUGUAUAUCUCUGUCACGAGUCUCUCCUAUUGCUAAUGUAACACGUUGUUUCCUCUAGCUGUAGUGACCACCGUGACUGUACAAUAUAUACGGGUCAUAGAUGUGUUUUUGUGAUUUAUUUAUAUUAACGAUAAAAUAUAUGAGAAAUGGAUGAUUGCAACCAAAAAAAAAAAAAAAAUAUGUUGUAAUAGACGAUUAUAUAAUUAUAUAAACGCUUGAGACAUUGUUUUAAGCUUUGAUGUUUUUAAUCUAAAUAUGUAAACGCAAUAGACAGUAUUUAUUAUUUGUUUUUUGUCAUCGUUUGGAGACGAACUAAGGCAGAGAUAACGAAUAAGAUCAAUCGAAAGGAGGUGUUAACGAAGACAUCCGUUUGGAGGGUUCUUUAAACGUGCCAAGAAAAUGCGUCACGAUUGGCUCCGCUUAUAUAGUAUUCUCUGACGUCUUCUUCGCGAGGACGUACGACACGUGCGUGGGUAACUUAAUAGUCGGCUUGUUAACGUUAACUCAACGACCAAUUGUCAAUCAGCGACAUUUCGUUUGAAUUGUAAAUGUUGCUUCGCGCGAUUGAUAAGGUCUUUUCUUUGUAAAACGAGUGACGCGUACAGAUGGACCUCGUUAUUCUCUUAAAAAAAAAAAAAAAAAAAAAAAAAAAAAACAAAAAAAAAAAAGAAAGAAAAAAGAAAGCAAAAAGAAAAAAAACACAAAAAGGGAAGAAAACGAAGGAGAAAAAAAAAAAGAAAGUAGAUAAAAAACAGUUUGUUUUAACGUCGAACGAACGCUUAAAGUGAUUAUAUAUCGAAUGUUAUCUUUUAUUCUUUAUUUUAUCGAAGAAAUGCGAAUGUUCUGUCUAUGUAUCUACGUUAUCGAUCGAAUAUAAUGGAAUUUAUUAUUUA